UUGGCGAACGGAGCUGGACGAGCCCACGUCACCUCCGCGCUCCUCUCCGCCGCGCUCCGCGCCCGGCUCCGCGCCGCCACGGCGGCAGCGCCGCGAACCUGCCCGGAGGAGCGGCGGCUGCCAGCCCGGCCGAAACUUUUUUUUUUUCCCCUUCUUUUUUUUUCUUUUUUUUUUCCAAGAGGGUGCUGUUUUCUUUUUCUUCUCUUUCGUCCUCUCCCUCUUUUUUUAUUACUAUUAUUAUUUUUUUUUCUUUUAUUUUUUUCGGUGGCGAGUAGAAAGAGCGGGGUGGGGAAAACUGUAUCUUCCAGAUCAGGCUGAGAAAGGGGUGGGGGUGGGGGCUUUAUCUUGGUCUCAGGAUCCUUUCUAGUGCGUCUGACAACCUGGAAGUGUUUGGAGAGAGCAGGAGAGAGAGCGAGAGCGAGCGAGAAGCAGGCAAGCAGGCUUGCAUUGGAUAGAUUUUUUUCUUCCAGGCUGGGUUUUCACAUGCUGAUCCGCAAAUAAAUAAAUAAAAGGAAAUAUGCACACGAGAAGCCUGAUCCCAUUGUAAUUCCCAUUGCAAAGGGGGAAAAUAUACACAUACAUUAUAUAUAUGGAGAUGCAUUGAUUGCAUGGAAUUCAACAAGCAAGUGGGGGAUUCAGCGAAGGAAGCUCGUAACAUGGCGGAUAGCGAGGAAGGCUUUGGGCUCCCGACCACGCCGGCUGACUCGGAGGCCAAAGAGCUCCAGGCUGAAGCCAAGCAGGACACUCAGCUGGGGGCCACCAGCAAGUCCCCCACCUCGCCCCAAGCAGCCUUCACCCAGCAGGGUAUGGAGGGGAUAAAAGUGUUCUUGCACGAACGGGAGCUGUGGCUGAAAUUUCACGAAGUGGGGACGGAGAUGAUCAUAACAAAGGCCGGGAGGCGUAUGUUCCCCAGUUACAAAGUGAAGGUCACUGGACUUAAUCCAAAAACUAAGUACAUACUGUUGAUGGAUAUUGUACCAGCGGAUGACCACAGAUACAAAUUUGCAGAUAAUAAAUGGUCCGUGACGGGGAAGGCAGAGCCGGCCAUGCCCGGGCGGCUGUACGUGCACCCCGAUUCCCCGGCCACCGGUGCCCACUGGAUGAGGCAGCUGGUUUCCUUCCAAAAACUCAAACUCACCAACAACCACCUCGACCCCUUUGGACAUAUCAUCCUGAACUCCAUGCACAAAUACCAGCCCCGGCUCCACAUCGUGAAAGCGGAUGAGAACAACGGCUUUGGCUCCAAGAACACGGCCUUCUGCACCCACGUCUUCCCGGAGACAGCCUUCAUCGCCGUCACCUCCUACCAAAACCACAAGAUCACCCAGUUAAAGAUUGAGAACAACCCCUUUGCGAAAGGCUUCCGCGGCAGCGACGACAUGGAGCUCCACAGGAUGUCCAGGAUGCAGAGUAAAGAGUACCCGGUUGUUCCCAGGAGCACAGUGAGACAAAAAGUGUCCUCGAAUCACAGCCCCUUCAGUGGUGAGACCAGGGUCCUUUCCGCCUCCUCCAACCUGGGCUCCCAGUACCAGUGCGAGAACGGGGUGUCGAGCACCUCCCAGGACCUGCUACCGCCUGCCAACCCCUACCCGAUCUCCCAGGAACACAGCCAGAUCUACCACUGCACCAAGAGAAAAGAUGAGGAAUGUUCCACCACCGAGCAUCCCUACAAGAAGCCCUACAUGGAAACUUCUCCGGCAGAAGAGGAUCCUUUCUACAGGUCCAGUUACCCCCAGCAGCAGGGACUGAACACUUCAUACAGGACUGAAUCAGCCCAGCGCCAAGCAUGUAUGUAUGCCAGCUCCGCUCCCCCCACGGACCCCGUGCCCAGCCUAGAAGACAUCAGCUGUAACACGUGGCCGAGCGUGCCAUCCUACAGCAGUUGCACAGUGUCUGCCAUGCAGCCGAUGGACAGGUUACCCUACCAGCAUUUCUCUGCCCACUUCACCUCGGGGCCACUGAUGCCCCGGCUCAGCAGCGUGGCCAACCAUACCUCCCCCCAAAUAGGAGAUACCCAUAGCAUGUUUCAGCACCAAACCUCGGUUUCUCACCAACCCAUUGUCCGGCAGUGUGGACCUCAAACCGGCAUCCAGUCCCCCCCCAGCAGCUUACAGCCCGCAGAGUUCCUGUAUUCCCACGGCGUGCCUCGAACCCUUUCGCCCCACCAGUACCACUCGGUCCACGGCGUGGGCAUGGUGCCAGAGUGGAGCGAGAACAGCUAACAAGGCGGUCAGGAAAGUGCAAGAGCAUUAGCCAUGGGGGGAAAAAAAAAAAAUGGGAAAAGAAAAAGGAAAAAAAUACCCUGUCGAUAACAAAAGCGAGAGUAUUUUGCAAGACUCCUUUAACUGAAUGUUCACCGAUAGCACUCGAGAGGGACGGACACUGAUUGAAACCACAGAUGAAAUAGUCAGCGGCCUCGGUGUGACUUGCUCCCCCCCGUCCCCCCUUUUUCUUUUGUUUCAAAAGAAAAAUCAACAGAUCGGCACACUUCUCCCCUGCCACGGUCCCCACCCAGUUUGUGUUGUUGCCACCGCCAGCCCUGUGCCCUCAUCCCCCCCCUGCCCUCCUGCUCUUUUUGUUCUCCAAGGGACACCAAACUCCUGCUGCCUUUCUCGACACAGUCAGAGUGCUUGAACGAAAACA